GCUGCUCCAAGGACGUCUCCCACUUCUGAGCGUCUGGUACGGGUAUAGUGGGUGUGGCUCACUCGACAAGGAUCAAGCUUGGAAUACGCUUCGAAUGGAUAGGCGACUCAUCUGCCUCAGCUGGCUCAUCUGCCGUCUCGUCCUUGGCGACGCUCUCAUGCACCACGAUUGCGAGAGGAAAUACCCGUCAGCUCACCCCCACCAGCAUAUCAGCGGCGCCGUCGUUCCGCUCUCUUCUUUCGCAAUGCGAGCGAAUCAUCGCAAGUAUCCUCACAGGCAGGCAAAGAAGGGAUCGUCGCGUCGCAAGAUCCAAGCAGCGUGCGGCUACCGGAGGCGCAUCUGGUCGUCGUACUGGCCAAGACUGCCCCUCUGCUUCAGAAGCAAGAUACAGAGCCUUCGCAUGAGUUACCCUCCGCACCGCGAUCGCAGUCGUCCCACUGCAUCAGCACGUCAGCACGACCGUCCAUUCCAGCUCAGUCCCAGCGCCUUCAAGUUCCCUUGGCAACAUGUGAUGGUCAAUGACCAACCUCUUGGUAACAUCACGGUCAAGGCAGCGCUGCGAGCGAUGGGUACCUCAAAGUGGGUGCAGCGCCUAAGCAGCAAAGGUCUGAUGGGGGGGCAGGCGAAGCUGAUCUCGACGGGGCUCGCUGAACCGGCCGAAUGGAAGGCACUCGUGGCUGACACGACGAAGGAGUGGGAAUCGCUAUGGGCAAGGCUCGACGAUCUGCUGAUGCCUUCGGCGAUGAGAUCCAACGUCCCGCUGUUUCAGCACUGCCUCUGGACACAAAUACUGGCCCGCUCAAGGCGCGAUUGAAAAUAUGCCUACUUUCUGCACGAGGACGUCGCCGACUUCAGCUACACCGGCAGGCAGGCAGAGUGGGCCAGUCUACUGGAGCCAUUGCCGCACAGGCACUCCAGGGCCCUCUUGAGCUACGACUGCGGCACCAUCAUCACCAACCCUU